AAAAAUGUACGUUCAGUCCAGAUAUUAGGUGUUUUUUUUUUUUUUAAAUUAUAAUAUUACAUUUUAGUAUUCUUUAAGUUAUUUUCUUGAUUGUUAGUAUAUAAUCAAGGUAGUAUAUCGAAAUGGAGGAUGGCGGUUGGAGAGGAGGGGACAUCGCAAACGAUAUGGUGAAUGAAUUGCAUAAAAAAAUAUGGGAUGUGCCCCAAGCACUCAAAGAAGCAUAAGUGUAAGUAUUAUUUUUUUAUUGUUUUUUGAUAAUGGAAAUAUCAUAACAUAGUUUAUAUAAUAUUAGACAUUAUUAUGACUUGUUAUUUAUUAGUAUAAUUAUUACUACUUAAUACAUAUUUUAAGAGCAAUUUAGGUAAUCUAUACUUGAUGAGUUAUUUCUAAAGAAAAACGAUUUUGAGCCAAGUUAACCAUGUUUUGAUAAACAUAAAUUUAUUGUAAUUUUAAAAUAAAUUACAAUUGUAUGUGUUUUUGUCUCAAACUUAGUAAAUUUAUUUUCUAGUAACUACUACUAACUAGUAUAUUUAUUAAGCUAAGAAGUUAUAUCUAAAAAAAUUAGAAAAUAAUAUGUACGUUUAGUGCCUAUAUCAACAUUUGAAUUUUGAAUGUUGAUAAAAAAAAUGAAAAAUACGGAUACGGAUUAUCGAUAUUUUAUUAUAGUGAUAUCAUAAGAAUAACUUAUGAUAACCCUUAACUCAAAUUUACGAGAAUUUUUGAUGCUCUAAAACAAAUUUAUUGACAUAAAACCUGUAAAUAAUAAAAACUAUUAAAGAACUCGAAAAUUUCAAAUAGAACUAAACAACUCAAAAAUCGCCAAAAUGUUGUUAUGUCUAGAAAGUACUAAUAUAAGUUAAGGCCUUAAUAGUUAUUUUCAACCGAACGACAACAAAAAAAGACGUACAUACUUCGCACGAUGGGACAGCUACUGUUGUAGAAGUUGGGAAGGUAUAGAAGAGAAAUGUAUUGUAUAUCGUAUAAAUGAUUCUAAGUGAAGUUUGGUUAAUAGUGUUGUUUUGUCAAUAGUAUACAUGGUGAUUUACUAAGCGUGCUCACUUUAUUUUGGUUAAAUUUUGAAUACAUUCAAGUUCUGAUUUUUGGAAUUUUUAAGUUUACUUAAAGGCGAUAUUUUCAUAUACUUGGAUUUUUCACAACAUUUAAGGAGUAUCCUAUAGCGAUACAAACGUUGGUUUUUCAUAUGAGAAUCUGUUAUAUUAAAAAUUCCAUAAAUAGAUGGAGUAUUAGUUUAAACACAUUUUGGUACUAGAAUUUUUGAUUUCCGUCAAACAAUUGAUGAGAUAUUCGACUUUUAUUUUGGUAGAAGAAUAGUAGAACACUAUUAAAACGUCGCGCACCGUAUCGCCGCACAAAUCUCCAUAUACUCCACUUCUUUACCCCUACCUAAACUUAAAAACCGAAAAUCUCAUUAAUGAUUUGACGGAAAUCAAAAAUGUUAGCACCCGAAUGUAUGUAGGUUCUCAUUUGAAAAAACCAAAGUUGGUAUCAUCACAAGAUACUCCUUAAAUGUUGUGAUAAAUCUAAAUACAUAUUUGGAAAUAUUGUUUUCAACUAAACUUAAAAUUUCCAAAAAUCAGAAUUUCAAUACAUGCAAAAUUUAACCAAAAAAAUGGAGUGAUUGAGCUUAGUGACAUAUACAGGAUGUAUAUGUAUCAUACAUUUUCUUUAAUAAUAUUUAUUUAAUAUUGUAUCUACUUUUCAAUAAUAUGAAAGUCCAAUAUGCUACAAAUAAUGUGUGAAUUUUCAAAUCACCAGUGAUUAUGUAUUUAAUAUAUUUAACCCGGUGUAGGAUGAUAAUUUAAAAAAAUAUUUAAUUAAGGGGGGAAUAUGUAAAAAACAUCUUAAUAAAUACUUGUAUCCAUAAUUUAAAUUUAUGCUUAGUAUUACUACAUUAAAAAAAAAGAAAUUAGAUAGUUAAACAUUUCAAUAGUCAAACAUCAAAAAAAUAUUUACAUAAUUUUUCAAUAAAAUAAUUUUCAUUAAACUUUGAUAUUAAAAUUCUUUUAAAAAAAAAAAUUAUAUUACACUCAAUUUUUUGUUUACCACAAAGUACCUAAACAAUUUAUAAUGAACCGUCUGUUAAAUUUUCUAGUAUUUCUGUUGGGUUUAACAAUUUUAUCUACACAGUACCUAUCGAACAAAAACUACGUCAAAAAACGACAUAAAAGAGAUACUAAAGUUUACUUAGGUUCAAUGAAUAAAUUUUAAGAGACCUUCUCGAAGCUUUUAACGAAUUGUUAAUAUUUACAAUUAAUAAUUUUAAAAAAAUGGUUAAAUCAGUGUAAUAAUCAGUAAAAUGUUUAUAUUAAUGGACCUUCAUGUAUCUUGUUUUUUUGCUUAAAGCAUGCUUUAACUUUCAUGCCUAGUUGAGUGAUCUGCUUUCGAUAAUUGGUUUUCCCUAUUGAAAAGAAGAAUACUUCAUAUAGGAUGCAUCGGGCCUCAAUUUUUGAUUAUAAUAUUAAAAAUCACAAACAAAUGGUGAACAUUGUUUGUAUUUAACCUCUAACACACUGCACAACAUAUUCCUUUUUCCAGCAAUAAAAAAAAAACAAAGAGUUGAUACUGGGGACGGUGCUGCUACUGUUGUAGAUAGGUAGUAGGGAAGGUGGGAUACAUAAAGUUAUUUAAUUUAUGCCUGUAACCAACGAAUAUAAACCAUUGAUAACGAAACACGAUUCGGAGAGAAGUUCGGUUAUGUAUGUUUUGAAAGGCCGUAAUAUUUACGACUUUUAACAAAAUUAUUUUAAUUAAUAGUUUUUCCCAAUUUUUAUGAAAAAUACUUUAGUUAUACAAAAAACGAUUUUCUCUGAUAAUGUCUAUGUAUUAACAGGAACAAAAUCGAUCUCAUAUCAUUUUUCGUUUGGAGUAAUAUUUCUGGUAGAAAACAUAAUAAAACAAUGAAAACGGUAAUGCCGUUGCGUUGCGAAUCUAAAAAUAAAAAUAAUUGGAAUCCGUAAACUCUAUGAAGCAUGCGAGUUUUUCCUUUAAAUCAUGUUUUUGAGCGAAAUACCUGUAGUUUACGUGUAGGCUUUAUAAAAUCUGUGUACAUCUUAAAUUAAAAACGGUUUGAUCAAAGGUUUUUAAAAAUGUUUAAAAUAAUAUUAAUAUAUACCAUAUAGUAUACCUAUUCACUGUUUGAUAUUUGAAACUCCAAUACUGUCACGACAACCAAUUGAAAUUUGGUGAAUUCAUUUAUUUUUCCCAUUUGAAUAAUUUGAAUUCAACUAUUUUUAUGGAAUUCAAUCGUAAUUUGUUCUUAUUUUAAUUAAUUAAACUGGUAUAUAUUUCUAUAUUUAACGUGACUAUAUAAUGUAAAAACUUUUGCACAAAUUAUAAAAUGUAUACAAAUUAAAUUGAAUAAAUUAUAAUAAAAUAUAAUAUGUUAUUUGUUUUUAUACACUAUCAGUAAUCUAUAUUAACAAUAACAUACACACAUAUUUUUACUUAUACCUAGAAGGAUUUAAUUUUUACAACGAUCAUUAAUUAUUAAUAAAUGAUAAGUUAGGUACAAGUAUCACAUUAACACUGAUUGGUAUAAUGGUAUGUUUCUGUAUGGUAGUAUUAUAAAUUAUUGAAGAAUACAUCUACAUCAUGUGUUAUGAGUUUAUGACGAUCUGAUAAAUUUAAUUACUUUUUUAUUAUUAUACUAUUAUGUGUAUAAUUUAACGCAUUUUUCGGAAUAACUAUAGUGUUCAUACCAAAAAUUAUAUUUCUGGCCCUAACUUCUAUACUUAUACGAAUUGAAAAUACUUAAGAAUGUUUUGCCAAAUUCGAAUUUAUUAUUUUCAAAUUUUUAAAAUAAUUUUGUAUAUUAUACAUCAUUUAUUACUUAACUAAUAAUAGCUUAUGACAAAUGGGUAACAAACAGCAAACUAAAAACACUUUUCGUAUUUUUAUGACACGUCUACCGUCUACCUUGUAGGUAAUAUAAAUAUUAUUGUGUUCCAAGAUUAUUUAUUAUUGUUUAUUGGAAACGUGGAAGUAAUGUACCUACUUAUAGAUAUAGAAUCCAUUACCUCAUCGCUUUAAAUUAUAAUUUGUUUAAUGAAAUGUUUAAAUGCAUAAUAUAUUUUCCAAGUGUGCUUAUGUAUGUAUAUAAUAUCGUUUGAGUCAGCCAAGGAAUACAUUUGACAUUUGCCCCAGUUUAUCUAAAACACAGAACAACCAUAGAUAUAAUAAUAAAGUUUGAACGCAACUAAUAAUUUUUCUUACAUUUUCACGUAGGUAAUUGUAAUAGAGUAUUGCUUCGAGUACAAUAUGUUACGUAUAUUGCAACUAAGAGCUUAGCCUAAAUAUUAGUCCAAAUAUAAUUUUAAUGUCUUGGCAAGGUUGUUUUAAUAUUAUGUAAACAUUAUAAACAUAUAUGUAAAGUGUGAAUUUUCAGUAUUUGAUUGAAGAAUGACUAAUAGUAACUUGAUUGGACAUUAUUUAUUGAUAAAUACAGUGCGUGGCUGCGCGGCAAAUAUUAAUUUUUUACUGUAUAAUUAUUGAGCUGAUUAUAUUUUCAAGAACAAAAAAAAAAAAACCACGAUGCAUUAUAGGAUAAGUAAUUUAGGUAGAUACUAUACAUAUGUUUGUGAUAUAAACAAUUUUUUUUUUUAAUAUCUUUUCACGAAAUAAAUAAUAACAAACACGCCUAAAUAAUUAUUGACAAUUGCUUUUGAAAUGUACGUUAGACAUUCCUAUAAUCCCAUGGGAUGCGUCAUGGUCUCAGGCAAUUUUUAAAAAGUUCAUAGACACGUUGAAGUCAAUAUAGGGAUGUUGUACUGUUUGUUAUGUAAUAUAAAGAUAUGUAUGCAAACGCAUGCCUGUGCGAACCCCAAAUUAUUAGUUUUUUACGGAAAAAAUAUUAUUAUAUUUACAUUUUUUGAAGUUUUGAAAAUAUAAAUAUAAUUCUACCGUUCAAUCUUCAAUCUCGUAUAGGAAAUUUUUCCAAACUUAAAAUAUUAUUUAAAAAGUAGUACUUUACCAUCAAAUUUGGCUUUGAGAAUUUUCCUUUAGUUUUACCUUCAGUAAUAGUUCUAAGAACCCUAACAAAAAUUGAUACUUAUUUAUUUGGAUUGGCAAGAUGCCUAUUUGAAUGAAACAAUAGACAAUCGGUAGCGUACAAUUGUCUAAAUUAAAAUAUUAGUUACUAUACUUUAUUAAAUAGGUAAUACAUUUUUGAUAUUCAUUACUAUGUACAAUAAAUAUGAACUAUUAACUUUUAUUAGGUACGUAUCUAUAUUUAAACUAUAAAAUAUCUUUCUUUUUUUCAUAGAAAAAAAAAAUAUAAGCCUAAACAAUACAUUUAUAGGGUGCAUCGUAUUCAAUAAUCCAUAAUGAUCAGAUAUAAAUUGGUAAAUUCUUUGUAGAAAUGUUUGGAAAUUAAAAUGGCGUUUGUCUAAAAUAAUAUUAUUUUAUGAUGUUUAGAUGUUUCCUAUAGUAACCAAAUAAUAGACAUUUUUUGAAACAUACGAAUUUAUGUAUAAUGAAAUAGGUCUAACGCACUCGCAAAAAAAAUGUAUUUUUUUUUUGUUAAUAUUACACUCAUAUAUAACAAUUUCAGGUAAAUCAAUCAAAAUCAUCGCAAACAAAGUUUUAAAAAUGUGUUAAAUUAAGAGUUUUAUUAUUUAAAAUAACUCAAUAUUUUUUGGAAUUUUGCAGGACAAUAUUAUCCCUCUAAAUAGUUUUGUGACUUGUGAGUAAAUUUAGUACCUAGUUUACCUAUAAAAAAAAAAAACUUAUCCUAUCUAUUUUUAUUUACAAGUUUUUUUUUUAUAAAGCGGUCUAUAUUUAUUGACGUAUGUUAAACUACGAUAAAACGAUACCUACCUACAAAUGUACCUACCUAUAUACUAUGUCAUAAUCAUACCUAUCGUUGUAAUUUGUAUACAAGGUUAUAGAUUAAUACAGCUUAAAAAUGUUAUAGGUUAUUGUUACUGUGUCUGUUAAUUACUUUUAACACGAAUAAUUUCACACUAAAACAUAAUAUAGGUAUCAUUGAUAUAAAAAAAUGUCUAAUCUCAAAAAUUGUCGUCAUGUAAGAUUAAACACUCACCGUUAUUGCAAGCUGUGAUAAUAAUACAAUAUAAUCACGUUUCACUAAAACUAAGUAAAAAUAAAUUGUCGAUGAAUUUUAAUUAACAUAAUGUAUACGUUAAGUACCUAUAUAUACCUAUAAACCUAUAAUAAUAUAUAUACUCGUACAUGAAAUAUAUUGUAUGUAUUAUUUUAUAAAAAAUACUAUUUUGUGAUUUUUUCACAUCGAAAUCUGUACCCUAAUGUUAUUUCUGUAAUAAUUAAUGUUUGUACAAUGCGUCAAAUUACGAGUUUAUAAAGCAAGGUAAUAUAAUAAGAAGUUGAUACCUACUGAUUACGGGGUAAUAGGCCACCUAUAAUGGGUUGUUGUAAAUUGCGUCUUAUUUUGAAUUUGUAGGUGGUUAGUUGUAAAGAUAUAUGUUAUUAUAGAGAGUAAUUUAGUAAUUUAGUUUAUAGACGUUGUUAACGAAAAAACGAUUUGUUAACGAAUAGUAUUAAUAUAAAAAAAAAAACGACCUAGGAAGUGAACUGCUGAAAAUGUGUAUAUAAAUUAUUCAAAAAAAGUACCAUCUACAAAAAAUCUGCAUGUUUCAACGUAAGACGUGAAUAAGUCAGACCAUUUUUGAAAACUAUGAAAGUGUUUCCUGAAAAAAAAAAAUACAUAGCUAAGCUUUGUUAUACUCAGAACACAGGCGCAACUAUAGGAGGUUCUAGGGUGUCAUUAGCACCCCCAAGACACUCAAUCAGCUUUAGUAACGAUUAAAUAUUUUAUCCGUAUAUUUCAUAAUUAAUGCGCAAAACAAAAUACAGGUUUUCUAUUAAUGGUGAGUACCGGUAUAAAUCAAUAUCGUAUAAGAGCCGAUACUGAGGAUAUCUGAAUAUCGAAUAUCGUUUUGUUUUUUCAAACCGAUAUUUGACCCGAUAUUUUCGGAACAAUAUUUUUAUUUUUUUUUUAAAAAAACUCUUAAUAUCGGUUAACAGUUUUUGAUUUCAAAUAUCGGAUCGGUUAUCGGUUUUAUAUCGGCAAAUAUUAAAAUAUUGUAAUAAAGUUAUAUCGGCUCACCACUAUUUCCUAUAGACAAUGUAUACAAAAUAAUGUUAAUAGUUAUGAUAAAUUUGUAUACACAAAAUUGAAAAUGAAAGGUGUAUCUAGUUGACUCUUGUAAAGGAGAUUGUGGGGGCUUAGCCCAUGGGUCUUUGAUGUGUCCAUAUUGUUAGCAACUUCAAAGUUGGUGGUCUAGUUAUGCCUAUGACUCAAAAUCUAAAAUCAAAAUAUUUCUAUAUACUCGAAUUAUUACUACUUAUUUAUUUAUUAUUUGUGUAUACUUUCUCUAUUGUUUGAAAUCUUAUAUAAUACCUAUAUGUAUAUACAUAUCUUAUAUUUUAUAUUAUUCUAUAAUCAAUACCUAUACCUAAUAACUGUUUUAUUUUUUAUAUACCUGUCAAUUGUUUUGUUAUUCUUCAUUUUAAUAUUAUUAAUAGGUGUUAAAUAAUAAUUGUCAAUAUUAAAAUUUUUUUAAUGGACAACAGGAAUACACAGGCCAAUUAACUGUUUAUAUAGAUACCACAGCAGGACAAAGUCACUAGUUUUUAAGUAGGUAGCGGCUAUAAACCUUAUACAUUAUUAUGGAAGGCCAUUUAUUAGUAGGUAUAAAAUAUUACAGAUGGUGGGCUAGUCCGAUGUAUUUGUUUCAUAUUUUUGAAAAAUUAGUCGUGUUUCUUAUAAUUAAAUAAUUGGCAAUGGUCAGAAAAAGAUUUCAGGACAAGGAUUUUAUUUUACUCUUAUAUUAUAUUUAUCUUUCAAUCAGUAUAUUUAUAUUAUAUACCUACCUACUAUGAAUAAUGAAUAAGCCAAUUUUAAACUAUGACAAAGUAUAUUAUUAACCUAUUAUAAUUUAUAUUGAAUAAUAUAUGAACUUUUCAAGCAUUUGAUCAAUAUUAAAUAAUAUGGAAGCUUUCGACUGCCAAUCAAACCUUGAUAAUUUAUGUGUUAUAGAUAAUAUAUAUAGGUAUAUCUACAUCAUUUAUGUUAUGUAAAUUUGUUGCAAACUUUUUGUCGUGUUUAUUUUAUAAAUUGGAUAUUUGGAUAAGAGAACAUAUUAUUAUUAGACGUGUUAAGAUUAAUGGCAUUUAAUCAGAUUAUAUUUAUGCGCCCUUCUCAUGACCGGGUCGAAGACCUGACAAUGUGUAGCGACUGUCGGGCGUAUACAAUUUGCUAGCUGAAGGAAAUGGACGUAAAAUUAUUUUAUUUUAAAUUUUUUAAUGAAUAGACGUAUAUUCAUUAAUACUAUAACUACUUAUAUCGGUUUCAAAAUUAAAUGUAUAACUAUUAGUUACAAAAUAGAUUAACAUAAAAACAAUAUGUUUUUUUUUUUUUGAUGAUUUCUAUACAAAUUUAACCAGUGAAGUUACACAAGUUUAAGAAAAUUAAAUACACAAGAAAAUAAAAAAACAUAAUGAUAAAAUAUAGAAAUAAUACGUAGUUAUUAUAUGGUUUGUACCAUAUACUUAAAUUAUUAAAUUAAGAACUCAAGUUAAUAAUAACAUAAGUAUAAUGUCUAUCUAUGUUAUCAAUGUCACACAUUAAUCUUAGGAUAUAUAUUAGGGUGGUCCAAAAAAAAAUUACUUACGAAAUUUAAUAUGAGUCCCCCCCCCAUUUUUCAAUUGAUAUGAUUAUGGCAUUUUUGUUUUUCAGAUUUUUUUUAUAUUUAUAAUUUAUAAUAAUUCGAUUUUUAUUUGAUUAUUUACAAACAAAAUAUAGCGAAAUAAGUCCUAUUUCAUUAUAAUAUUCAAUCUUUAACCAAUUUUUAAAAAAAUACAAUUUGUUUUUAUUAUGUCAUAAUAUUUUUAUUUUUACUUUUUUUCAUAUGAAAUUAUGAGUUAAAGAGAAUUUGUAUUGAUGCAUUUUUUUGAGAUAGAAGUAUUUUGUAUAAUUUAUAUUUCAACUUUUUUUCAUUAAAUGAUUUAUUUUUCCAAAUAAUCGAAAAAAGUUGAAAAAGGGAUUGUUUUUCAGUUUUUGAAAUAAGAUCUAUUUCGUUGUAUCUUGUUUAUAAAUAAAUAAAUAAAAACAAAAAUACCAAAAAUACUUGGAAAUAAUAGUAAAGAAAAAAUAAAAAAAAAACCCACUUGUGCCAUAAUUCAACCCUAUUGCGGCACGGGAAGGGGAUGAGUUAUCGAGUUCAUAUUUUCACAAAAAUAUUUUUUUAUAUCAAUUAAAAAAAUGGUAGAGUACUCAUUUUUAAUUUCUCAAGAAAAUUUCAAGCCUAUAUAGAUUUAAACCACCCUAAUAUAUAUAUUUAUGGAAUAUAUAUUUGGCUUUGCCAAUACGAUUUUUAAAUAAUAUUUUAUAAAAAAUUGAAAAAAUUAUGAUUUCGUAUUAUUUUUGAACUAUGGAGUAUUACCUUAUAAAUCCUAUUUUAAAAUAUAAUACAUUAAAAUUUUUUUAAAGUAACUAACAACAUUUACAAUACUAUUCUAUAUGUUGUAGGAUAACGGAAUGGGUUCGAGAGAAACUGGUAUUGAAGCAUAUAAAAAAGUAGAGCGUGAAAUCAUUAGGGAAGAAAAAGCAGCACCGGCUCCGUCUUUAGGCCACGAGAUGGCUAAAUUGGAUCGAUUUAUAGCCGAUAUAGAAAAUUUAAUGAGUCAACUCAGCCAAGAACGUAUAGCAGAUGUUGAAUUAACAUCCAAUGAUCGAUUUUCCCAAAAAUAUUUCAAUCCUAAGUAUGCGAAUGUGACGAUAUAAAAUUAAAAUAAAUCCUAUCAAUCUAACUAUUUAUAAAAUAUAAUAUAUAAAAUAUUAUAAAUAUCUAUAAAUUAUUUCCUACCUAUUUAGGAUUGUAGAUGAAAGUGAUAACGCAAUUCGAACUGUCGUGGCAGAAUUACGAAUCAAUUUGGAUCAAACACUUGCAAUUGAACAUGAAGAAUUCAUCGCAAAUCUUAAUAGAAAAGUAUAUAAUUUUGAUUUGUUUAUCUAUAUAAAUAAAUUAGUGCAUAAUAAUUAAGACUAAAAUCAAACAAAUACUUACCAGUUACAAAAUAGAUAUCGUAUAGAUAAGUGUCUUAUUUAUUUACAAUACAUUUUCGCAAAUUCGAUAAGUUCUAUAAUUAUUCAGAUUUGUGUGUUAAUAUAAUAAUAAACAUUAUAUCAAUACACGUAAAUUAAUUACAAUUUUAAAUUUCAGUCUUUAAAACUUCACCAUUUAAAUUGGUUAAGUCAAAUGAGAGCUAGAAGUGAAGAAGAAAUAUCAAAACUUAGUGAAAGAGUACAACAUCUGCAAAAACUUUAUGAAAGUCAAGAACUAAUAAUAAGUAAGAAUAAACAAAUAUUUAAAUAUAAUUGUGUGCAUUGGAAAUAUUUGGCGAGUUGUAUAAUGUAGUCAACCUUGUACUAUAGGUGGAAAUUGGGGGGAUAAGACUUGAAGCUUUAUGGAACAAAGCCCUCUCAAACUUUUAAAGUAGAGGUUUUAGCUCCCGGCCAGCUAGUUUUUACAUUCAUUAUGAAGUGACUAAACAUUUUUAUAUAGAUAUUGUACAAUUUAUUUUGAGAAAUUGCACUGUUUGUAAAGCUGUUAGUUUUAAAAUGCGUAAAAAAUAAAAAUAUUUUGUGGAAAAAAUACAAUUUAUAUUAUUGGUUUAACAAACUAAAAAUAAUUUAUGUAAUUGUUUUUUAAAUUAAAUUUAUUAAUUCAUAAAUAGGAUGAAUUUUUAUUGAGUGUAAUUUGCAUGUAUCUUGGAUGUAAAACUAAAAUUAUGCUUGAAAAAGUUAAUGAAGAAAAUAAUAUUUUUAAUGAAGAAUUUAUUUUUGAACAGUGUUAUGUAAUAUUUACAUUUUUUGAUUUAAGUAAUGAUUAUUGAAAUAUUGUUUAAUGAUUUAAUUUAUUAAUUUGGAAUACUAAAUUUCUGCCAAUGUUUUGUACAUUAAUAAAUUAUAAUUAGAUAGGUAAUUAUUUACCAAAGAAAAUUUAAAUUUGUAUAUAGUUUUUGUAUAUAUAUUUUAUUUUUUACUUAACUUUUCUUUGUUUUCCUUAUUAAUACUUUUUAAUUGUUAGCAUUAUUAUUGUAUAUAUUUACUAUCUCUAUACAUUGCCGUUCUAGCGUUUAAUUUCUUAAAUAAAUAAAUAAAUAAAUAAAUGAAAACAAAUGUAAUACGUCCUAGUUAGGUACCUAAAACUUUUUAUAACAGAAACAAUAAAAAUUAAAGGUUUAGAUAUAGGUAAUAAAAAACUAGAAAAUUCUUAAUAUCUUUAAAUAGCAUAAACAUUUUAUGACGAUUAUAAAAGGUCAAUAAAAGUAUUCUGUAAAAAUGUCAGGCUCCUAGAAAUAUUUUUAACCGAACAAAAAAACGAAAAAUAAAUAAACAAACAAAAUUGAAAAUAAUGAAACUAUUUUCGUGAACUUUCUCUUUUUUUUACGUUUAUUCCUAGUAUUUUUUGAUUGGAACAAUACGUAUUCCACUAUUGUUAUAAUCUUUGCUAAAAUCUUUGUAGAAAAGCUGUUUAUAGAAACUAAAAAGAAAACAUAGCGCACAUCAUAGUAAACAUCGAAAUUGCUGCAUGAGCUAAGAAUAUCUAAAAAUCGAACAUAUUAUUAAAUAUGCAUUAUAUAUAUUUUAAGUAAUCAUUAUUUGCAUAUAAUACUCUGUAAUUGGAUCGGAUGAUAAAAAUCGAAUAAUUUUAAAUUUUAGGAGAUUUAGUAAAAAGCAAAUUGUCAAGUACGGGUCAAUUGGAAAAGGAAUUGGACAGGGUCCGUAGUUACCGAGACACGUUAGUCAGCGGGGAAUUGUCAUGGAAGGAUGCCACGUUAUUUGCCCAAGAUUCCGUGGAUUACAGUCAUACGGCGUAUAGAAGUUGGCACUCGCUGCGAACCGAAGAGUAAGGUGAAAAGGACUUAUUAAAGUCAUAUCACAAAAAUGAUUUUAAUUGUAUUGCAGAGACGAAUCCGUAAGGUUUCGCCAAGCGUUAAAAACAAGGGAUUCAAUACACCAAGCAGCUCUAAGCGUUCGGAUGGCGCAAACCAUGUUACCCGGAGUUCAAUUUCCGUAUUGUACAUCAAGAGAAAUAUUUGCAAUUCUGCAAGUACGGGUUUCAUAUCUAAACGGAUUUAAUAGUUCCUACAUAUUACAUCGAUCGAAAAAUAUUUAUUUUUAUUUUUGUUUUACAGGUUAUUGAAUAUUUAUUUACCGAUUUGCAAGUUCCGGAAAGGUACGGCCAUGCACUCCAAGUUUAUAAGAGCUUUAAUAAAAGAGCAAAGGCAUUGACUCAGUGGCUAAAACAGGUUCGGGUACUAAUUACUUAUAACUUAUAAGUACCUAAUAAAUAUAUACCUACCUAAUAUCAAUUAUGAUCAUGUUUUAAAACUUAAGAAAAUAAUAUAUAAAUUAGACCCAUCACCCAUUUAGAAUUUUCAAAAAUUACUUUCUUUAAUAAUUGAUAUUUAUAUCAAUGACCUUGAUUUUCUCUGUAGCGUCCAAUGCCGUAAAUUUUAUUAUUUUACCGCACCCUUUUAGUUUAAUUUUUCAAAAGUAAAUCAUAACCACUGCGACCGUUGUCUUUCUUGCAUUUUUGCAUGUAGUUUCCACAUAUAAGGUCUAAUUUUUAAAUUUUUCAAAAUUUAAUUUUGAACAGUAUUCAAUAUAUACUUGAUCUUCCUACUUUUUUAAAUAUUAAUUAAUUACAAAUACAUUAUAUCCUUAAAAAAUAUAUGAGUGCAAUCAAAGCUUCGUCUUCUAUUGAGAAAACGAACAUUUGUGAAUUGCUGAUAUGUUGACGCUGGACGUCUAAACGCAACACUGGUACUGACGCCGGAUGCCGCAUCAAACGCGAGCAGGGAAACUGGUCAUACACAAAAUACAUAAUUUAGACAGUGGUUCUUAACCUUUUUCGAAUGAUGGAACCCUUAACAUUUUAUAAAGUUUUCGCGGAACACUUAUACCAGGUCCACGGGACACCAGUUAGGAACCACUGAUCAAGGGGCUCAGUGUUUGAAGCAAUGUCUGGACGUUGAAGGAAAACCGUACCUUUAUGUAUCUUGAAAAUACUACCUCUUAGAUUCUCAGCCUUAGAAGAUCCAAAAUAUAUUAUAUUGUUAUAAUCCACACUCAUUUUGUAGCUAAAUAAUUGUUUAAAAUCUAAAAAUAUGAGUACAUUAAUAAUAUUAAGAAUUUGCUGAAUAUAUUUUAGAUUCUGAAUGGAUUCUGAGUGAAGCGAAGAAAAUUAUGGGUUUACAAAGAGGUUUUUUUUUUAUCUGUGUGCAACUUUUCUAUCAGAAAUCUAGGUCCAAUUUUUAAGUGUAGUAUCUUUUCUGAAAGGAAAUCCUUGUGGGGAGGUACUUUAGAUCUUUUUUAGAUUUUUCAAAGUUUUCUCAGUAAAUGUGAACAACCGGGAAAAACAUGGGAAAACCAGGAAAAUAAUAGGUAAAACGGCAUAAUCUGUACAACAUUAAACAAAUAUUAUUAAAGAAAAUAUUUAAUACCUAUUUAAUUAUUUUACCAUAAUAUGACAUAUACCUAUAUUGUUGAAAAAGCAUCACUAUCAACUGAACGCCCCUCAGAAUCGUUUUAUCGUUAGUAAUGGUUUAUCGUUGCUUAAAGGUAUACAUUAAAUUAUCUAUAGCAGUGGCUGUAUUCGUUUCCAUUAUCCUAGAACACCUUUUUUAAAAUACUUUUGAAUAUUUAGUGUUUAUUAUCUAAGUUUAAAACUACAUAUGUUUUAUAAAUCAAUAUGCAUGUAAGUAUGGUAUAUAUUUUAAGACCUGAAUUGCGCACGUAAGGUCCCUACUCGGAGACAGGUUGAUAGCACAAAAAAAAAAAGUUACACAGUAUACAGGGCCUAGGUUAUCAUACCAUAAAUAUCAUCGAAUGACGAUAGUAUAAAUUUUAAAAACGGCUGUACAAAUUCUUACAAAUAUUCACUAAAUCUGUAAAGAAAAUUCUAAAUUGAUGUGGCUAGGGUAAUUUAGGUAUGUAUAAAUAAUACAAAUUGUACUUAACUUAAAAAAACUUAUAAUAAAUAAAACCUAUCUAAAUGCUAUUUAUAAGAAAAAUACAAUAUAAGAUGAAUUAACAAAUUAAUGAUUAUAUUAAUUCAUAUAUUUAUAUUUCUUUUCUUUGGUGUCUGCGUAGACUACUGAUGAAACAAUACAUAAAGAUGUAGAAGAAGUUGAUGAACGUAUCAAUGAUUUGUCAAAUAAACUAAAUCAAGAAAGAACAAAUAGGGUGAGAUAAUUCUUUAAAAAUAGAACUUUUUUACAUAUUAUUGUUUUUAUGCAUUUUUUUAAUUAAUUACUUUUGUUAGACAGAGUUUUGCGAGACCUAUUCCAAAUGGCACAACACACUAAAAUCUCAACAACAGAAUUUUAAUAUAUGGAUGAAAAAUGCAAUAGGUAUUGGGUAACUCAAGGUUUAGUUUAUAAUAACAGACUAUGAAAAAAUAUUUCAACAUUAAAUUCUAUAUUUUUCCUUGCAUUAUUUUUUAUUAAUUAUUAAACUGGAAUUUACCUUGACCUAAAGUAUCUAUAAUUCUAGGGUGGGUUUACUAAUAUUGAAUUAUACAGAAUUUAAUAUUAUGACUCUGAGUGCCAACUUUCUAGUACACAGGGUGUCUACUAUAAGCACUUAAUAACUAUCAUAUUUAUAAAACAUAUAGAGAAUUUGAUUGAAUUAUAUUUUUUUAACUGAAAUGUAAUGUAUAAGUAACUUAUAUCUGUAAAACAUCUUCUAAAUACAAUUUACAAAUUUGAGCUUACUAUGUAUCACUAAUCUUUUAACUUAUAAUAAUA